CUUAGCUACCUCUCUCUCUCUCUCUCUCUCCGUUUCUAUGUGCUCUCAUUCCCCUCGUUUUCCUUCAUUUUUAUUUUUUACCUCUCUCAGAUCUCACUAUCAACCCUACCCUUUUCACUAAACCCUCUUCUUCUUCUUCUUCUUCUUCUUCUUCACUUAUCCCUCUUUCAAUUCCUAGUUUGUUCCAACCGCUUCCUUCCCAAAGCUGCUUGCUAGGUUUUCGAAUAAACUUAAUAAUAAUGGGUAGUGGAGCUCUCGAAACGAAUGAGGAAGCUGAGAACAGUCUUCAUAAGCAAGCUUCUCAAGUUUCUGAUGCCAAUGAUGCAGUUGCUGACCCUGAUGUUCCUGCGAAGAGGGCCAGGCUGCAGAAGGAGCAGAAGGAUUUGACGUUUCAGGAUAUAUAUCAAAAUGACGGCAUGUUUGACGACUAUGACGACGAAGACAGUGAUUGGGAGCCGUUUCAGUUACACAACAAGUGUGUGGAAUUUGAAAUCAAAAAGUGGUUCUGCAGAAAUUGUACUAUGGUUAACCUCGAUCACGACGACUGUUGCUACAUAUGUGGGGAGCAUAAGGAUUCUAAAAUCCUUAGCCUUGGGUUUUUUGCAUCUCCUUUAGCCCAAGAUGAGGAUCUGACUGAAGUCCAGGGGAUCGUUAAAGGACUGAAAGAUGUUGGUUCACAGGAAUCAGUGGCAAAUAGUUCUACUGCUAUCGGCUUUGACGAGAGAAUGUUGUUACAUGCAGAAGUUGAAAAGAAAUCAACUCUGCAUCCUGAGAGGCCAGAUCGUCUUCAAGCCAUUGCCGCUAGUCUUGCUAGAGCUGGCAUAUUUCCUGGAAAAUGCUAUUCAAUUCCUGCUAGAGAAAUCACACCAGAAGAACUUAUUACGGUUCAUUCGUUGGAGCAUAUUGAAUCUGUGGAAGUUACAAGUGAAUCACUUUCUAGUUAUUUCACGUCUGAUACAUAUGCCAAUGAGCAUUCAGCACUUGCUGCUAGGUUGGCAGCUGGGUUAUGUGCUGAUCUAGCAUCAGCAAUUGUUUCUGGGCGAGCCAAAAAUGGAUUUGCUUUGGUUAGGCCUCCUGGUCAUCAUGCUGGUGUAAGACAGGCAAUGGGGUUCUGCCUUCACAAUAAUGCUGCCGUGGCUGCAUUGGCAGCUCAGGCUGCAGGGGCUAGGAAGGUGCUAAUUUUGGAUUGGGAUGUUCAUCAUGGAAAUGGGACACAAGAAAUAUUUGAACAAAACAAAUCUGUCUUGUAUAUAUCAUUGCAUAGACAUGAGGGAGGAAAGUUUUAUCCUGGUACUGGAGCUGCCGAAGAGGUUGGUAGUAUGGGUGCAGAAGGAUUCUGUGUGAAUAUUCCAUGGAGUCAAGGAGGAGUUGGUGACAAUGACUAUAUUUUUGCAUUUCAGCAUGUUGUCCUUCCUAUAGCUGCUGAGUUUAAUCCAGAUCUUACCAUAGUAUCUGCUGGAUUUGAUGCUGCAAGAGGUGAUCCCCUAGGAUGUUGUGAUAUUACUCCCUCUGGAUAUGCACAUAUGACAAAUAUGUUGAAUGCCCUUUCUGGUGGAAAAUUGCUUGUUAUUCUUGAGGGGGGCUAUAAUCUUCGUUCUAUAUCGUCUUCUGCAACUGCAGUAAUCAAGGUAUUAUUGGGUGAGAGUCCUGGAUGUGAACUGGAAAAUAGCUUCCCUUCCAAAGCUGGCCUGCAAACUGUUCUGGAAGUGCUCAAAAUUCAGAUGAACUUUUGGCCUGCCUUGGGUCCCAUUUUUGUGAAUUUGGAGUCACAAUGGAGGAUGUACUGUUUUGAAAGAAAAAGGAAACAGAUUAAGAAACGACGCCGAGUUCUGGUUCCAAUGUGGAGGUGGGGACGAAAAAGUUUGUUAUUCCAUUUUCUGAACGGCCACCAUAAUGUAAAAUCAAAGUUAUGUUGAGCUGAUGAAUUUUGUAAGCACAGGAAAUACGUAGUAGUUAUCAGCAUGUUGUAUAUUCCAUCUUCAGGACAAUAUGAUUUUUGUUUGAUCGUGCAAAUGAUAGAUUUGUGCGGAAGGGUGAGACAACUCGGGGAAAGAAGGGGAGGGUGGCAAGUGUAAAGGAUAAAAAUGAUUUCCCAGUUCCUUGUUUGAACAUCGAAUUUUGAUAGUUACCAAAUGGGAAAUAUGAGAAAUUAAAGCACUUUCUGCUCCAACUAAAAAAA